UAUAAAACGUCUCGCCUCCCCUCAUCCUCUUCCUCCCUCACCAUCGUCAUCUCAUCUCAAAGAAAUAAGAACAGAUCAGAAGCACAACCAUGUCCAACGUGCCCACCUCCCUCCGCGACUCCUCCCUCACCGUCUUCCGCCUCGCCAUCUCCAGCUCCGACCCCUGGCCCUUCUCUUCCUAACCUUCCCCCAACUCCCCAGCUAGCUCCCUCAACCUCUCCGAUCUUCUCCUUCACCACAGCAAAGCUCAGAGUGUCCUGUCCAAUCCUCGACCGCUCGCGAUGCCGCACCGGCAGCAAGGGGCGCCCAAGGGGUGCGUGACGGUCCGGGUGGGCGCCGAGGGCGAGGAGCAGCGCCGGUUCGCGGUCCCGCUGGGCCACCUCAGCCACCCACUCUUCGCCGAGCUGCUCGAGGAGGCCGAGCGCGAGUACGGCUUCCGGCACCAGGGCGCCAUCGCCAUCCCCUGCCAAGUCGACCGCUUCGUCCAGGUCGAGAGCGUCAUCGACCGCGACCUCGGUGACCACCGACACCUCGUCGACCUCGACAACUGCGGCGCCACCGUCACCGCCGGACAUGGCCACGGCCACCUGCCGCGCUUCGUCGGCUGCUUCCGCGACUGAUGCACGGCCGCGGAUCGAUCGGUCGAGCUGCUCGGUUGUUGUAACUCUUGAUGUUUCUUUAGGCUCUCCCGUGUUGCCGUUGGUUUGUUACGGUUGUCUCAAUUGGUUUGGUGCGAGGAGAAAUCGGACCAAGAACUUCGAGAUUGUUGAUGAUGAUGAUGAAAAAUUGUGAUUGAUGUAAGUGUAAAGAUAGAACAGAACUUCGAGGUUUCUUGAUGAUGAUGAAAAUUGUGAUUAAUGUAACUGUAAAGACAGAAUAUUAGACCCUUUCUCCUUUGUCGAUAUACUUUGCUUUGA